AGCAUUGCAACCUAAAACGAGACAACUAAAAAUGCCUUGGCUGUUUAUGUGGCACACCGCUUCAGAUGAAAUCAAGACACAUGAGAUUGCAGGCAGCAAAAAUCACCGAAAGAAGACAAAGGCUUUGGGCGUGGAAGCCAAAAAAUAUUUAAUGGGUCUUGUGCCGCCUGCUGAAUCAGCUGACAUGAAAUACUCCAGCUCAAGAGAUGUAAUGCUUUCUGCAAAAGAGGUGAUCCAGUGGUCCCAGUCCCUAGAAAAGCUUCUUGCAACCCAGCGUGGUCAAGAGGCAUUCAGAGAAUUUUUGAAAUCAGAAUUCAGUGAUGAAAACAUUGAGUUUUGGUUGGCAUGUGAAGACUACAGGAAAACACAGGCUGACUGUUUACAUGGCAAAGCAGAAAAGAUUUACCAAGAGUUUGUCAAGUCAGAUGCCAGAAAACAAAUCAACAUUGACUUUCCCAUAAGAAAAUCUGUAGCUAAGAAAGUUCAAGAUCCCACACCUUCAUGUUUUGAUGAGGCUCAGAGACUUAUAUAUGUAUUGAUGGAGAGAGACUCUUAUCCAAGAUUCCUUAAAUCUCAACAUUAUCAUAACCUUCUAAACAAGGUUCAAAGCAACCGGGUCAAGUGAAAACUGAGGAUCGGCUUUGAAGCUUCACGAGUUGCUGUGUUUCAGUACACUAAGUGGGACUGUUGGAACUAAGAUGGCAAGGAAAUGAUGGAACUCUUCAAACAAGAGAUGCAAUCUAUCAAGUUGAAGUGUCUGGAACACCCUUUAUAAGGAGAAAGGAGAAAGGAGAAAGAAGGCAAAGAGGCAAUGCUGCCUUGAAACUUGUCAGCUAAGGUUCACUUUAAACAGAUUUCUAAUAUUCUUUCAAGUGACACUUAUCAAAUGUUGUGAACAGAAAAGUUUUGAAAAGUUAAUUGCACAGCUAUCAAGACAAAUUUUAGGCUGUUUACACUGUGUGCAUUAUUCCCUUCUUAAGCAUUUGAUGUGGUAGAGCUAGAUGUAUGACCAGAUUCCCUUGAAAGGUAUUGCUUGUGAGGUGUAAGGAGUAUAAUGAAUGGAAAGCUGUGCUUUCACUUUAUGCUCCAUGGCUCAGGCAAAUUGAUGCAAAUCAUACUUGCAUAGACUCAAGAGACAAACAUGGGAAAUGUUAGGAAGUACAAUAUUGCUCAAGACAAUUGUUUCAUGGUCACUAAGGCAUAAAUUCCAAACGUUAAAAAAACUUGGAAAACAACCUGGCAUUCACAACAACCUUGAUUAAUAACACCCCCCCCCCAAUUACAAAACCAGGGAGUUUUUCAAACAUACAAGUUGUAAUAUACUAUAUUUAGCAGGCUGGGGCAAUUCCUUGGGAUGCUUUGUUAAAUCUAAUUCAUAUUGGCAAUACAUGACCAGCUCAAAAGCCUAUGGUUAAAAAAAGUGUCCCCUUAUUCAUUGUUUCAAAUGGGAAAAAAAAGUUCAUUAUCCCAAAAGAAGACUAGAAAGUGUACUGAUUUUAUAUGCUAUAAGUCAAUAAAUUAUUUCUCUCCUAGUGAUAUAUGUGCUAGCACAAUCUGGUGUGUGGAUUGUUGAUGAUGAUGAUAAACUAUUUCAAGUCUCCUACUCUUCCUUCUAUGGGUACUUUCUCUUUCGAAUAGAGUUGGACUUAUUAGCUCUUCCAAUAGUGGAUAUCUUCACAGUCAGAUCUGGUCUCUGUAAAAUCAGACACAUGGCCUCAUUCCCAAGAACUCUUCCACUAACUCCCUGCAAAGCUGAACUGUGAUUUAUUGGCUUGCUCUUCUAUUAGAUGGACUCUGAAUUCAAACAAUACUCGACUGAUAUAUUUCCAGACAGUCUUACUGUUUUUGUUGUUGUUGUUGUUGUUGUUUUGCAAUUGAUUAAUGGGCAACUAAUGGAAGUAUAUCCCAUCAGAACAUUGUCAUUCCUUUGGUUCAAAUUUAUUUAGUCUUAGCCAUUAAAACUGUGGGGAACGGAGGAAAAUAUAUCCAAAAUAGGCUUGUCCAGGUGCCACUCUGCUUGAAGGAGAGAUGACAGAUGGCCAGCCAUCCAGCAAAUGAGCUGAACUUGUCAUUCAACAGCUUUGAUUUUACAACUAGUGAAUGUAAACAAGUUUAUGGAAUGAAAAUUAACAAACUCUAGAUGCACAGACACAUAUACAAUCAUACACACUUGCUCACAGAACAUCAUAUAGCUGUGAAUGAUGUGAGAUUGUGGUUGAAGGUUUUGGAAUAAAGAUCAUAUGAUUUGGGGACAAUUACUUUCUUCCCCAAUUGCCUACAUUCAUCUUUCUACAUUGUUCUGAAGAGCAUCCUUGUAUUCCAGAAGAGAUGCGGAGGGAAGUUGCUACAAAGAGGAGAAAGAGGCAGAAUAUCUUUAUGUGUAUGGGCUGGUACAAACUGUCUUAAUUUAGCUCAGAUCCAAGCCAUUGUAUUUAGAUGUUGUAGCCCUUGCUUUUAAAAUAAUUAUUAUUAGCCCCAGUAUAUCCCAUUAAAUAUAUGCAGUAUGUAUUUUGAUAACCAUAAUUUAUGGAUUUGAGUGUAUUGUUUAUUUCUGUAAAUAUUGAUAGACUGGAACUUGAUUUUCUGGCAAUAUAAGUUAAUAUUUAAGUAAG